AUAAGAUCCGAUAAGAAUUAUGCUUAUCGCUGAUAAGGUGCGGCAUCGGCAUGGCCCGUGGAUCGGGACUGACCGUCACCGAGAGCACCGGCGAGUAUAAGUGGUAACCCGUGUUGACAUCCCAGCUUCAAUCUACUGAAUUUGGACUGCUUUAGAACCGAUACAUAAUUACCAUGCCAGCAAUAGUGCAACAACUUACUCCCCCGGCGGGAUCCGACAUUAACUUCGGCGCUGUCAUUGACAACAUCGAUCUCGAGAAUCUAACCGACGAAACCUUCUCAACAAUCCAUUCCGCCCUCUACAACCACCAAGUAGUAGUCUUUAAAAACCAACAUCACCUCUCCCCCAAAGCUCAAUACCUCCUCACCCAACGCUUCGACCCCUCGUCCACCCAGUACGGACACGGCAAAACAAUCGACGCAAAGCGGAGCAUCCUGCACCCGGACCUGAAGACCGUGCCCCAUCAACCGCAAGUGCAGAUCAUCGGCCAUGGCUUCAUCGACUCCUACGAAGGUCUAUCCAACUUCCAGUUGAAACAUCCACAUCACAAGACCUUCCACCGCGAUGCGAUUCCCCCGGAAGAAGAUUACGAUUUCACCCGGUUCUACAGAUGGCAUAUCGAUGCCGCACUGUAUGAAUAUUAUCCACCGAAGGUCACGACGUUACUUGCGGUGAAGGUGCCGAAGGGUCGACGACAGACACUCCGGUAUGAUGACGGCUCGGACGAGACGUUGGAUGUGCCGCUCGGCACGACGGCGUUUGUCAGUGGGGAGCGGAUGUUCGAGAUGUUGUCCGAUGAGGACAAGGAGUUUGUGCUGGGGAGCAAAGUUGAAUAUGCACCUCAUCCAUACAUCUGGAUGAGUCCCGCCCGCUCCCUCCCAACAGGACUCGGGCUGUACUCUGAAGGGCUCGAGCUACCCGAGUCCGAACUCCCACCCAUCGACCAAUCAAAGAUCAUGAUCUUGCCCAUGAUCUGGAAGAACCCGGUUACAGGGAAACCAGCGCUCCAGAUCCACCCCGCUGCUGUGCGGAAGAUCCACCAGAAAGAUGGCAGCGUGAUUGACGAUCUCGCCCGUGUCCGGGACAUUGUCUACCGGUUGCAGCGUCCGGGUAUCAGCCCGGAACACGUCUACGCGCAUGACUGGGAGGAGGGGGAUCUGGUCUUGUUCCAUAACCGGGGCGUGUUGCAUUCAGUGGUGGGGGCGUUUGGGGAUGACGAGGUCAGAUUGUUUAGACAGUGUAAUCUGGCGGCGGGAGAGGCCCCCGUUGGGAUGAGUGAUUGAUCGAUUGUUAUCUGUGGUAUAUGAAGCGAUGUUUUUAUGAGGUAGAUGUGGAACCUUUAGAUUUCUAACUUAUAUUCGAGUUCAUCAUAUACUAUUAGUUUUCCUUCCGGUAGAGAUCGCAGAAACGCGUUAACAUAAGUAAGGGUAUACGAUGCUAAGCACAAGCUGGUAUCAAGAUGGUCUAUAUGUAUGUGCUCUUCACCCAAUGCAAUUAAAUCCCGAGAUGGCUCAUGAACCAGUAUUCAGGUCAUGAGACGUUAUUUUCAACACAUAUGAAUGCAUAAAUCAAUGCGCAAGUUCCUGUAGGCUUGUCAGUAGUCUGAACGGAAAACGAAUAUAAGAAUAG